AUGAAGCGCGUGCACGGACUGAGCUAUCCAAUUGCUUUGUUGCUAAAAAUGACAAAUACGUUGCCUGUGUUUGACGAUUUAGUUAACCUUCGAAACCAAAGCAUGCAUCCUCCAGAACUAAACAUCAGCAACUCACGUCCAGCUAAUCUUCCUAAUGUUAAAAGAGAACUCACAGACUCAGAAGCAAGAGCGUUAGUUAAAGAGACAAAAAAAGACAACCACAACUUUAAUGAAUGAAGAAGAAGAUUUGAUAUUAAUAAUCAUUUAAAAGAACUGCACACUUUAAUACCCAAUGACCCAAAUAUAUGCUGGGAUAAAACAACGAUCCUAAAAGCCUCAGUUGAGUACAUCCGUAAACUGCAAAGAGACCCGCAGCGCACAAAAGAGCUAGAAAACAACCUGAAGAAACUAGAACAUGCCAACAACCACCUGCUACUCAGAAUACAGAAACUUGAGAUGCUAGCUCAAGCAUAUGUACUGUCCCUUCUUCCAUCUACAAACCUUUGCUCCCCUGAUAUGAUCAACACAGUCAUCGAACAGGAGCCUGUGCUGGACAACUACACCCAAAACAUGAUGCCACACCACGCAAACCUGUCCUGCACCACCACGACCUGCGACCUCACUGACAUCACCGUCACCUUCAGUGACAACCUUGGGAAUGUAACUGAACCAAAUGGCACUUACAGUGUUCCUGUGAAAAUGAGAUCCAGACUAGAAGAUAUCCUAAUGAACAAUCACUAUUAG